ACUAUUUUGAAUCUUCCUCUAAUAUAAGGGAUCAUUUUUGUCAUUUUUAUUUCUCCCUUGCAAUGUUUUACUCUAGAAAAUAGCAGAAGAAAGGUGUUGAGAGAAUCAUCAGAAAAGUCGAUGUCGAUUCUGUGGGAGAAGAGUGGAACAUGGCGGUGGUUAGUGAGGAGAACGAAGGAAUCGAAGCCGUUCUUCAUCGGAUUCGCCACCGUUUGCGGCGUCAUUCCGGGGAUUAUUGGUUUCUGCGUUAUGUCAGCCACCAAUACUCGCAGUCCUGAACUUGAAGCCAAACUCAGGAAGAACGCUCGCCCCGAAACCCUAAUGAUGGGUAAAGUUAAUAAAGAGAGGUUGGCUGAGUACCUCGGUGAACUGCAGAGAAAGGAGAACACAAAUGACAGAUAUGUUGCAGCUCUAAAGGGUGAAACGUUGACAAGGAAACCUUACCAAAGAAUUCAACCAGUCCCAAAUCCAAGUGAUAUUGAAGCAAAGAAGGAACAGAAGUAGAUCGCGGCUUAGCCAGUUUUGUUGCUUUAGUUUGGUACUUCUACUUUUCCAAGUGGAUAAAGCUUUGGAAUGGAGUCAUGGACACAACUGGAGUUAUUGCUAAAUAUCUUGAAACUUGUACAAGUAUAAUUUGAAGAUUGACCUUUGUUGAAUGAGUGAAAUCUUAUUGAAGUUUAAAUAACCAUAUCUUAGUUCUAGCGCGAGUAACCUUGUUUACAUGCAUUGCGAUAUUGUGUUAUGUGUGCAAGGAUUUGUUGUACUUGAUUACUAUAUAUCCAAGAUGUAGUACGAAAGUGCAAUUCAAGUGAA